UGGGUCGGCGUCGCGCUGUCCCGGGUGUCGCGGCCGAGUUGCUCUUCGCGCCUCACUGCGGCGUCUCGUCGAGUCCCCGAGAGCUCGGCGGGGUGUGGGGAGACAUACAAGAAUUAAAUUCUGAAUAAGCCCACAGGGAGGAUGGACAGUUACUUUAAAGCAGCUGUCAGUGACUUGGACAAACUUCUUGAUGAUUUUGAGCGGAACCCAGAUAAACAAGAUUAUUUCCAAGAUGCAUAUGCUUUUAACCAGUGUUCAGUUUCUUCAGAGUUGGUCUCUCCACAGCUGGCUUUGCUGUCAAAGGACCAAAGAUGCAUUAGUAGUUGUGCCUCAUCAGAAGCAUGCUGUGAAGAAGCAAAUGAAACCUUCCUCAAAGGAAAGCUACAUGAGGGCUCAACCUCUAGACAGAAUGAAAAAAACGUAGCGGGACUUGAUCUUCUUUCUUCUGUGGAUGCCAGGACUUCAGAUGAGCUCCAGCCUUCAUGUAUGAGACGAUGUAGUAAGCCUGUCUGUGACCUGAUAAGUGACAUGGGUAACUUAGUUCAUGCUACCAACAGUGAGGAAGACAUUAAACAGUUGUUGCCAGAUGACUCUAAGUCUCCUGCAGAUACGUUGAUCACAUUGGACUCGUCUUCCGUUUCAGAGGCUUUGAUUGGAUUGGAUUUGGCUUCAGCUUCAGAUUCUCUCACUGUUUCAUCAGUAGACUGUGGUAGUAAUACUGUCAGAGAAGACCAGAAUAACAUCAAUGCUGCUGCACAAAACAGAGAUAGCAGUAGUAUCAAAGAACUAGGUGUAAAAGUAGACAUGGCACUUUUUGAUUCUUGUAAAUAUAAUAGAACAGAAAAUUUAAAGGAUAAAAUGAUUUCUAAUGAGUUAGAAACAGUUGAUUUUGACAUGCCAUCUGUUUUGACGGAACAAAGUUCUGAAAUGUCUAAUACCAAAGAUAAUCCACAAUACAAGAGGCUUCCAUGUGACUUAUUAAAAGAUGAUGGCUCUUUGGCAGAAGAGAAAGUAGGCAUGGCAGUCAAUAAUACAGAGUGUUUGGAAGAAGGAGGUAACACAAUUGCUAUGCCUUGCAAGCUUCCAAAAAAUGAAGGGAUAUCCCCAAGUGACCCAGCUUCAGAAGAUGAAAAUUUCAAGUUACCUGACUUUUCCUUCCAGGAAAAUAGAACUGCUAAGCUCAUGAAACAGACUGUAAAAAAAGACUCAGGAAAUUUAGACCUUAAAGAUAAUGAUAUAGUCCAGGUUUCUUCUUCAUCUUUACAUGUUUCAGAUGAUGGUGUGCCCCCUUCACUGUCUUGUCUUUCAUUGUCUGGGUCUACGUGUGGAUCGUUAAUUGACAAUAGUGUACACAGUGAUAUUUUACCUCCUAAUGAGUCUGAAGGUCAGAACAAUGAUGCAGUGACUAUACAUGAAGAGAUACAGAAGAGUGCUGUUUUAGAUGGGGAAACAGAGCUUUUGAAGAAGGAAAAGUAUGAGAACAUAUUUCUUCAGCCAGUAAACGAAAAGAAAGGGCAUGGGAAGGUUGAGCUUGAGGAGAUGGUAAUCAGUGGUGAGUCUUUGGAGUCCUCUGAGGACAGCAGCUCUGCUGCAGCAGCUGGGUCUCCAGGGACACUCUCUGCUGCGAGUGCCCCAGAGGUUCCUGGUCCAUGCGAAGGUCUCGAUUUUCCCAGCAGUGAUGUGGAUGGGCAAGAGUUAGAUUACUUUAAUAUUGAUGAAAGCAUGAGAAGUGGCAUACUAAUUAGUGAUGCUGAACUUGAUGCUUUCCUGAAGGAACAGUGUCUUCAGAGCUCUAACACAGUGUCUUUUGGAGAAAAUAUAAAUGACUCCCAGUUGCAGAUGAAUCAGAUAGCUAUGAAAGGACAGAAUGGUGAAAGGGCUGGGGAUAUAUACUUCAGUGCUGAGGCAGGAGCUGCUGGUGAAAAUGGAGGUGGUGUGAUCUGUGAAACAACUGAUAAAGAAAACAGAGUAGAAAAUAGUGGUCUUUCCGUAGGAGAAAAAAGCACAAUUCCAACUGAAAGAGCACUAUCUGCCUGUCAGCCUGACAGAAGGGAUGAAUUGCCAGUCUGCAGUGUUAGCACCCAAGCUGUUGGAGGGGCUAGACCUAAGCAGCUGCUGAGUCUUCCAUCGAGAACAAGGAGUUCAAAGGAGCUGAAUCAUCCAGAUGGUCUAGAUGUGCCAGGAAGUGAGCCAAGCACAGCAAAUGCUGUUGCUGCAUCUACUUGCUCUGCAGAGCACACACCUGAUUCUCAGGUUAGCUUCAACUCCAAUUACAUUGACAUAGAAAGUAAUUUUGAAGGUGGAUCCAGUUUUGUAACUGCAAACAAAGAUUCUCUGCCUGAAAAUAUACAUAAAGAAGGCUUGGUUUUAGGCCAGAAACAACCUACUUGGGUUCCUGAUUCAGAAGCUCCAAACUGUAUGAACUGUCAAGUCAAAUUCACUUUUACAAAACGGAGGCACCACUGCCGAGCAUGUGGGAAGGUAUUUUGUGGUGUCUGUUGUAACAGGAAAUGUAAGCUUCAGUAUCUAGAAAAGGAAGCCAGAGUGUGUGUAAUCUGCUAUGAGACUAUUAAUAAAGCUCAGGCAUUUGAAAGGAUGAUGAGUCCAGGUGGUUCUUGUCUUAAGUCUAAUCACUGUAAUGAGUGCGCCACUGCCCAGCCACUUCAGGAGACCCAGGCAUCCAGUGCACCUUCACCUACAACUCUGCCCAUCUCAGCACUGAAACAACCAAAUGUUGAAGGACCGUGUUCCAGAGAGCAGAAGCGAGUAUGGUUUGCAGAUGGUAUACUGCCGAACGGUGAAGUUGCAGAUACUACAAAAUUAUCAUCUGGAAGUAAACGGUGUUCUGACGACUUUAGUCCUGUCUUACCUGAUGCGCCCACAAUGAUAAAUAAAGUGGAUCAUACCCAUUCUCCUACAGUGGAAAAACCAAACAAUGGUAUAGGAGACAUUAUAAGAAGUGAGAUGAUCCAGAGUCCGGUUUGUCAUGCUGCACCUGGGACUACAGGCACUGAAGGCUUGCCCAUGCCUGGCCCUUUCACACUAGAAGAUGAUGUGUUUGUGGACAAUGAGGAGCCAUCUACUCCUACUGUUGUCCCUGCUAAUACUGGUUUGCCUGUUGCUAGCGUUUCAGACUACAGGUUAUUGUGUGGUGUUGCCAAAUGUGUCUGCAAUAACAUUAGUCUUCUACCAGAUGAUGACAUUGGUUUGCCUCCCCUUCUGGCCACAUCUGGAGAAGAUGGAUCAGUGCCUGUAAUACAAGAGCAUCCAUCUCAGGAGCAGAUCAAUUUGCUUCUGGAAGGAGAAGGAUUUCCUCAUGCCACAUUUGUCCUAAAUGCAAACCUACUUGUGAAUGUCAAGUUGGUAUUUUAUUCCUCAGAUAAGUAUUGGUACUUCUCAACCAAUGGCUUGCAUGGCUUGGGACAGGCAGAAAUCAUCAUCCUGUUGCUGUGUUUGCCAAAUGAGGAUACGGUUCCUAAGGACAUCUUUAGACUGUUCAUCACCAUAUACAAGGAUGCUAUGAAAGGAAAGUACAUAGAAAACUUGGACAAUCUGACCUUUACUGAGAGUUUUCUCAAUAGCAAGGAUCAUGGAGGCUUCCUGUUUAUUACACCUACCUUUCAGAAACUUGAUGACCUCCCAGUACCAAAGAGUCCUUUUCUCUGUGGCAUUCUUAUCCAGAAGCUGGAGAUUCCCUGGGCAAAGGUUUUUCCUAUGCGUUUAAUGUUGAGAUUGGGAGCAGAAUACAAAGCAUACCCUGCUCCUCUAACAAGUGUCAGAGGCAGGAAGCCUCUGUUUGGAGAAAUAGGCCAUACUAUUAUGAACUUACUUGUUGACCUUCGAAAUUACCAGUAUACAUUGCAUAACAUCGAUCAGCUGUUGAUUCAUAUGGAAAUGGGAAAAAGCUGUAUAAAAAUACCUCGGAAAAAGUACAGUGAUGUAAUGAAGGUAAUAAAUUCUUCUAAUGAGCAUGUCAUCAGUAUUGGAGCUAGUUUUAGUCCAGAAGCAGAUUCUCAUCUGGUCUGUGUACAGAGUGAUGGUGUUUAUCAGACUCAGGCCAACAGUGCCACUGGUCAGACAAGGAAAGUGACAGGUGCAAGUUUUGUGGUGUUCAAUGGUGCUCUGAAAACAUCUUCAGGAUUUCUUGCCAAAUCCAGCAUAGUUGAAGAUGGCUUAAUGGUACAAAUAACUCCAGAGACUAUGGAUGCCUUACGGCUGGCUCUACGACAGCAAAAGGACUUUAAAAUUCAGUGUGGAAAAGUUGACGCAGUAGACCUGACAGAAUAUGUGGACAUCUGUUGGGUGGAUUUGGAAGAGAGAAAGAACAAAGGUGUUAUCAGUUCAGUGGAUGGAAUAUCGUUAGAAGGAUUUCCAAGUGAAAAAAUAAAACUGGAAACAGAUUUUGAAACUGAAGAGAAAACUGUGAAAUGCACUGAGGUGUUCUGCUUCCGAAAGGACCAAGAUAUAUCUAUUUUAUCAAGUAGUUACCAGUUUGCAAAAGAGAUUGCCAUGGCUUGUAGUGCUGCCCUGUGCCCUCACCUGAGAACUCUAAAGAGUGACAGGAUGAACAGAAUCGGACUCAGAGUCUCCAUCGACACGGAUAUGGUUGAAUUUCAGGCAGGCUGUGAAGGCCAACUUCUGCCUCAGCAUUACCUAAAUGAUCUCGAUAGCGCUCUGAUCCCUGUGAUCCACGGUGGGACCUCCAGCUCCAGUGUGCCACUAGAGAUAGAGUUAGCAUUUUUUAUUUUAGAAAACCUUUCUGAGUGAAAGAAUGUACUGUGCUGUAUGUUGCAAACUGAUCUGUUAAAAUGAAUCCCAGCACUAAAACUGAAAUGCCACAAACACUAAAUGUUUGAUAAUUGAAAUAUAUAAUUUUGCCUUUUAGGUAGGAAUGAUUUUUAAAAAUCAUUAGCACAAUAUUUACUGGAAAAUUUAAGGAAUCACCAUUUUUAUAUUUUCAAGAACUAAGAAGAAAGAAACAUUUCUUCUAACUUAAAAUUUAUAGUAUUUACUGUGUAACUUAAAUGUUAAGCCAAAGUAUCUGCACUUAGUUAUACCUCUUUAUAUAUGAUUUUAAUGAAGGAGAUGCCUGUUUUCUGUGUAUGCUAAUGAGAAUACUGGUUUUGAAGUCUGUUGAAAAAUGUGUUUCAGUAACAAAGACCAGUUUCAAGAUUCUAGACUUAUAAUUCUGUGAAUAAAGCUGAUAACUUAUUUGUAUAAAUGGAAUGGAGACCUACCUCCAUGAUUACAUGCAAACUCUGUUUGAUUAAAAUUAGAAUUUUGCCUUUAUUUCUUCUCAAAUUAUAUAUAUAUAUGCAUAUAUAUAAAUAUAUCAUUUUUUCUGAUUAAAAUAAUUGCGGGUGCUUCAGGACUUUGUGCUUCUCUAUUUAAGUCUGUUGUUUCCAUAGCAACAUAUGAUUUGGAAUGUGUUUUAUAAAUCUUUGCUAAUACAUAAAUAGGUAAUAUUUUUGUAUCACAGUGCAUUCUCUUUUCCUUCCUUACAAAGCACACCACUAUAUUUAACACUCUUCAGAUGACAACAGGCCAGAUGACCCAUGAAGUAGUCAUUGUGUAGCAAUAAAUGAAGCCUAAAUCAGGUUUCUUUUAUUUCCAUGUUAAUCCUUAGGAAUUUCUUGACUGACAUCAAUGUAUGAAGUGUAAAUUUCAACACACUUAUUACUUUUGCAUAUUUUAAAUUCUUUCUAUGCUAGUUAUUUUUUAUAAUGGAAUAUUUAACUUAACAUAAAGUUAAAGGUUGUGAUAGAGCUUUCUUGUUUAAUUCAAACAACAGAAAAGAAAAAAACUGUGUCAUUUAACUUAUAUAAAAUGUAAUCAUUGUUUUAAUGCCUUUUUUUAUGUGAAGUAUAUUUUUUUGUAUUAAAAACACUCAUUGUAUCUAUCAAGAAAGCCACACUAAAUAGCUCUGUGUAAAAAGGAUUAUUUAUAAAGCAUUGCAACUUACAGAUCCAGUCGCGUGAGUCUCCUCUGAAUCACACUUGGACCAGCCAAAGACAUAUGUGAGGAGAAUACCCACAAGUAAUGUGAAAUGUUACAGAUAGAAAAUAAAAUGGCAACAUAUGACUGACAAAUGAUGUGAUAUAAAGAUGAUUGCAUAUCAAGCUCA